AUGUUGAGGACGCGGCUGGCGUUCUGCCUACUGCUUGUGUAUGCUCAUUAUGUGGUGGUAACGCAUGAACUUAAGGUCGUUAUAUCAUCAGACGACUUUUCUAGCAGCAAUACCACUGCAUCAUCGAGUUUAACGACCUCGGAAAACGUUUCGAAUCCUGCAAAGACUUUUGAGCCUGAAAACUCUUUGAACGAGCCAAAAUUAUCUUACACGUUGGUUCCAGAGAUCACGUUAAACUUUCCAAUAGACGGUACGGAACCUCCUAACUGGGUAGGUCCAAGUAUUGGAGACUUUAUCGACACGGCGUGCUACCGAAAAAAGUAUAAACAGAACUCACGAGGUGAGUGUCCUUUAGGCUAUGACGUAAAGAGACGAAAGUGCUGGGCGCAGUGUCCGAUUUCGUAUCCUGUUCAGUGUUUCUCAGAAUGUAUUCCUCAAAAUGACGAUUGUACUUUGGAAAUCAUGGCCAAGAUUACGAACCCGGGCUACGUAGUACUUAACAUUGCUACGGCCGGUGUGUUUGGCGCAAUUUACACUUCAUUUAAGACUGCCAAGACUGGGGUCAUGUGCGCCUUCAGCGUGUUUAAUGUUGCGGAAGGCAUCUCGCGUUUCAUGCGAAAUCGAAGACUCACGACUCCAAACGGGACACAAGAGGAGCUUCUUGGUGCAGUUUUUCAAACGGAUAUGUUUCUUGUCGAUCUACCAGUUGCUAUGACUGCGUGCAUGGGCUAUACUGUUCCAUCGUAUGCCCCUUUUGCUGAUGCAGUCGUGACCGCCGCGGAAACUUUUGUCAAACAACUGGUGAUGAACCAUAAUAUGAUUAUGAGCUCGGCAAAUGCAUUUAUGUCAUUCUUUCGAAAUACUACAGCAGGAAAGUCGGUAAAAAAUCUCGAUGCUCAGAGUGUGGCGAGUCUCACGUCGAUGAUAAAUUCUGGCUCUUCUUGUGGGUUUAAUCUCAAACGACUUACAGACCGAGUUAUUGCUAAAAUUGCCGACAUUCGUGACGAGGAUCCAUGCGCUACUAAUGAAGACAUACGAACCGAGAUGAUCAAGUCGUCUAUAAUUUUGCAGGAUGUUCCGACCGUCACGAACAAGUGCAUGGGUGAAUUGUUAAAGAAGAAGAAGCCUUAUGUCGCGUAUCAGACGCGAGAUACGCUGAGGAAAACUUUUGGGGUAAUUGUCGAUCAAUUGAUUGCAAGCUCGACCACAGACAUGGGCAAGGCUAUGGCAAGGAAGGAUUAUAUGGUUGCAACAUCUAACUUGGGACUUCUCGUUCUCUCAGCGCUCGAUCCCACAGGUAUAGCAUACAUGACAUUCAACUACGUGCAGUCAGUGUGUGGUCCAACGGAAUUCAUUGGUGAAAUUGACGAUGGAAACCUUAGAGAUGCACUAGGACUCACAAUCAUGGACGAAGCUUUCCUCGGCAGUGAAGGAAUGUGGACCAAGAAGGGUGACGGUAUUGUGAAGAUCACCUUUACUAGCCAUGAUAUUAAGGAUGUGACUGUGGUUAUUCACUCGGGAGGUAAAAAAUUUGAUUCAGUUUAUGUUUGUCAAGGUGAGACUGUCAUAUGGACAACGACCGUGAAGGCAUUACAGGACAAGACCAUGUACUUGACUCGAAAGCGUCCGGGAUUUUUGGGCAUUCCUAAUUCAAAUGGUGGUUCUCUUUUAUUGUGGGUACCAAGGUCUUCCGAAGGUGGUCAUCUUGAAAUGAACGUGGACAUCAAUGUAAGCUAA